CCCCUCCUUAGCCUAAAAAACACUCCAGUUCAUUCUUUAUAAAAUUGUUUUUAUUCCGUCGAAAUAGUUCAUUCUAUUCCCCUGUGAUUACUAACCAUGUGUUUUUAUAGAGGGACUGAAACUGUAUUUUGACAAUAUCACAAGGGACGAUUUUUGUGAUUCCCUCAAAUGAAAACCACCAGAAGAUCGUGGAGUCACAGUUUUACAUAGCGCUGCACGCACGGGAAUACGCACACCGGUGGACGGCCGAAAAUGGCGACGGAGAAUCGGAAUCCAGAAAUCAGGAAAGACGCAGUCAACAACCGGUUGGUGAUUCUAUCACCGGCUCGAUCUCGCCGUCCGUCAGACUUCAAAUCUAAAUCUCAAUCCAAAUCCGACUCAAACCCGACCUCCAACGGCCAGCCGCAGUGUCCAUUUUGUGCCGGAAACGAGCACCAAUGCGCACCGGAAAUCUUCCGGUUUCCUGAAGAUUCUACUUCCGAUUGGAAGGUCCGAGUGAUCGAAAACUUGUAUCCGGCUCUCAGCAGACAACUUCAAGUAGACAACGAGGAACACAGUCAGGCCAACGGCAGCACCGGUGAAGCUAGUUUGGGUGGGUUCGGAUUCCAUGACGUCGUAAUUGAGUCGCCGGUUCACUCGGUUCACUUGCAGGAUUUGUCACCAGCAGGAAUUGCAGUUGUUUUGCUUUCUUAUAAGAAGAGGAUAGAACAGCUUUGCGCUGUCGAAUCAAUCAGUUAUAUUCAGGUGUUCAAAAACCAUGGAGCCUCAGCUGGAGCUUCAAUGAGUCAUUCCCACAGUCAAAUCCUAGCUCUUCCAGUUAUCCCAACCAUUGCCUCCAAUCGUCUCAACACCAUGAAAGAACACCAUAACCAAACAGGAAAGUGUAGUCUUUGCAGCAUUAACACACACAAACUUCUAAUCUAUGAAUCAACACAUUUCACUUCAAUUUCUCCAUUUGCCUCCACUUUCCCAUUCGAGACAUGGAUUGUUCCACGCUAUCAUUCCUCUCACUACCACCAACUUGAUGAAGAUAAGGCGUUUGAUCUUGGAGGAAUACUGAAACUUACACUUGAAAAGUUAUCCUUACAGUUGAAUGACCCACCAUAUAAUCUUAUGAUUCAUACUUCACCUCUUCACAUUGUUUCCUCUGAGUUACCUUACACUCAUUGGUAUAUACAAAUAGUCCCACAGUUAUCUACAAUUGGUGGUUUUGAAAUGGGAACAGGGUGUUAUAUAAACCCGGUUUUCCCAGAAGAUGCUGCUAAAAUCCUUAGGGAAGUCAAACUUCCAAAUAAGGAAUGAGUUUUUUUUAUAUAUAGUUUUGUAAGAUGUAACUUAGACUUUUAUGAUAAAACUACUUGAGAUAGCAUAUUGAUAAGGUCAUGAGGCUUUUUCCACAAGUUUUCCAAACAUUCCCUGAUAUGCACGUUUUAGUUAUAUAUCUAAAUGUACUUUUAUGUCAUUUUAAAUUUGUCAUCUUGUUUAUCACUUAGUUUUACCAAACACUAUUACUUAAAAGUUUGUUUUUCGGCUACUCUGUCAAACACGGUGGUGAAUAGUUGUAUCAAUAAUGAUGUUUGUUUGGUUAAAGUGAUAUACAUUUUAUGGUCUUUUUUGUUUUCUUUUUUUUAGAUAGAAUAAAUUAUUUGAAUGACCUCAUUCCAAACAAACAAGUAUCACAAUAUGCAUAAAUUUAGCUGUAUUCAUCAUCAAUUUUAAUUUGAGUGGUUGGGAGGAAAAAGGAAGGGGAAAUAUGUCAUUUACACAUAAAGCUA